AUGGCAAGACUCUGCUCGUGGCCCUGCCGGUUGAAGGCCUUGGCUUCGACAUUUUCAUCCCCAAAGAAGAAGAGGCGGCUGUGGGCGCCGUGUCUGGCGCGGCCUUCCUGCUGCGCUGCAGUCCCAAGCUGGACUCCUGGCUGCUCACCAGUACCAGGUGCGAGCAAUGUGAAGCCAGAGGUGCUCGCCAGUGUGGCACGCGUGAACUUUGCCGCAUGUCACACUACACCGAGCGCGUUGGGGAAGGGAAUGCCUUCUGCAUGGAUGUCGAGCUUCCCGAGCUCACAGAGGACGGCCGCAGCUCGGUGGUUUGCUCCGUGUGCAGCGGGCCAGAGGUUGGCGGCUGCGUGCUUUCCACCCGGAGGCCGCGCUGGAACCCCAGGCAGAAAACACUAA